AUGGAUAGAAGGUCUUUCUAUAAAUUGUGUGAGUUGGUGAAAACUCUUGGGGGGCUGGAGCCAACUAGGAAUAUGGGUGUGGAAGAGAUGGCCUCAAUAUUUCUUCAUAUUUUGACCCACGAUGUGAAGAAUAGGAUAAUAAAAAGACAGUUCAUGCGAUCUGGUGAAACAAUAAGUAGACAGUUCUCCAAAGUGUUGCUAGCAAUCUUACGAUGUCAUACUGUUUUAUUUAAACGACCUGAACCAGUUCUAGAGAACUCGACUGAUGACAAGUGUAAGUGGUUCAAGAAUUAUUUGGGAGCACUAGAUGGGACACACAUCAAGAUCAACCCCUUGCAAGCCGACAAGGCUAGAUACCGCACUAGGAAGGGUGAGAUAGAAACCAAUGUGUUGGGGGUUUGUUCUCAAGAUGGUCAGUUUAUUUAUGUUUUGCCUAGAUGGGAGGGUUCGGCUACGGACUCAAGGGUACUCAGAGAUGCCAUAUCUCGUCCGAAUGGUUUAAGGGUCCCGAAAGGUUACUAUUACUUGUGUGAUGCUGGUUACAAGAAUGGAGAAGGUUUCCUUACACCGUACAAGGGACAAAGAUAUCAUCUGAGUGAAUGGAGACAUGGGGCACAUCCAAGAACCCCGCAAGAAUUCUUUAAUAUGAAGCACUCUUUUGCAAAGAAUGUGAUAGAACGGUGCUUUGGAAUGCUGAAAGGUCAUUGGGCAAUUGUGAGAUCAAAGUCAUUCUAUCCGGUUAAAACUCAAUGCAGAAUUAUUAUCGCAUAUUGCUUGCUUCAUAAUCAUAUACGAAGAGAAAUGACUGUGGAUCCUCCAGACGAUCAAGAAGUUGAUCAAAUGCAGCAAGCUGAAGAUGAUAUGGGAGGAAAUGAUUUGAUUACUCACGUAGAGUCUUCUAAUGCAUGGACUCUUUUGAGGGACCAAAUGGCGAAUCACAUGUUUAACACAUGGAGGAGUCGCAACUGA